CACCAUCCACCCCUACUUACCUACAUACCACCACCCCAACGCACCACACCAACCAUCCCAUCAACCACACCAAACAUGUCCGCCCCCACUUUCCCCGAACUAGAACAAGCCGCCGGCGCCGUAAUCCUCAUCCUAAAAAGCAUGCCCGAAUUCGCCGACACCAAAAUCGCAAUCAUCGGCGGUCUCAGCCUAUGGAAGUACAUCGAGCACUUCCGGAGCACGGAGGACGUCGACUUCCUAAUUACAGUCCAGGGUGCCCCUAACGCCGUUAAAGAGAAGCUGCUUGCGCUGCCGGACACACCGUUCAAGCAACAUGCGCAGCUAUUUUUCUACGUAGGGCUCGGUGGGAAGGCUGUCCAGGUUGAUAUCACGCCUUCGUGGCAGUCCCCCUACCUCCCCCAGGCCGCAAUCCCCAUAUCAUCCGCCCGCCCCGACUCCCUCCCCUAUAUCUCGGAGAUCGACCUGCUGGUCUUCAAGAUCAACAGCUGCGGGCUGCGACCGACGGCGGUGAAGAAGAUGCGCGAUGUGAGGGAUGCGAGGACCCUCGUUGAUGAUCUGUGUGCGAGGAGUAGUGGGAGGGGGAUUGUGCUUUCUGAAGAGCAGAAGAGUGCUGUUUUGCAGGGGCUGGAUGAUGUCGUUGCGCUCUCGAGGAGGGAGUGGGGGUGGUGGGCUGGGAGGUUGGGGUUGGUUGAUUUGUAGAUCGGUAGGAGGAUGUGUGUGGUGUCUUGGGGGUUGGGUGUUUACUUUGGGUAUGCUGGUUUAGGGGUUUAUGUGCUGUUGGGUUUGAUUAAUGUAUGGAUUUUGUGGGGGGUCUUG